AUGAGCACUGCGCACACAUGCUUCCGCAGCGCCCUGACACUGGCCUUUCGACCGUCUAAUCGCGGCGCCGCUGCUCCCCACUCUGUCUGCGCGUUCCUUGUCCCUGCAUUAUCACGGAGCUCCAAACGCUCCUUCUCAUCGGGCAAACGUCGAUCGAAGACACGGAGCACCGAAUUUCAUGCUUCAACAGAGCGACCUCACGAUCCUUUCGUGUACGUAUACCCUCCAAAAGGCGCCAAAUCACCUAUACAAGGGCGAAUACCAAUACCAGCCCCCGAUGCACGUGGCGACAUCGACCAAUGGCUCCUGGCCAUCGAACCAUACCUCCCCAUCGACCUACGGCGCACAUACUCGGACGCGCCAGAUGUCUCCACCACUGUGACAUCGCUCGAUCUCUCUAUCGUAAUCAACAAAGCUCAAGAUGCAUCUCACGACAUUCUCAGUCAUCUCGGACUGGCGGAAGCAAGAUGGCAGGCAGCAGUGUGGAUUGCGAAGAAGCUCGUCGAAGGUGGAAAGCAAUCGGAUGGGCCUCCAGUGCGCUUGGAUCCCUUCGAGAACGUCGUCUGGCCAGCCACCGGAACUCAGUCUUUACGCGACUCGACAAACAAACCACUACGCAUUGAACGAGCACGUCCAAGACGGAAGCUCGAGCUCACUCUGGACGAGCUGACAGCUGCUCCCGACACCCUGAAUCUGCGGCAUAUCAUCACCAGGCGAGCCUUGGGCCAGCUAUGGAGGAGCUUAGGAACUAUGAUCCUGGCUGCUCCCGAGCAGAACAAGUCCGGACAAGACACGACCAUGUCGCAUGUUCUAGAGAUCAUUGCGUACCUGCAUCACAUCGGCUUCAUGCCCGAUUCGGUGUAUACAUUCCGUCCUCACAGCAGCAAGUACGCUUUGCAGCAACCCCCGACACUGCACAUGCUCUCCUCGAAGAUCCUUACUGCGUUGUCUGAUGCGUCAUGGAAAUCACACGAAGCGGCUGCGAAAGCUGCCAAAGAUGGCGCGAAGGUCUCGUACUUCCUCGGUCACGAAAUCCCUGGCUCUCGAUACAAAGUCGAGAUUACAGAGAUUGCACCUGAACUCUGGUUGGAGCUUAUCCUCUGGUCGUGCUUGCACGGUGGCUGGAUUGCGGAUGGUACUGCAAUUCUUGAAAAGCUGGCUUCCAGACAGGGCGACAACACCUGGGGGCUGAUCAGCUGGCGAGAGAUCUUGGAAGCUGAGCAGCAGCGACUACCACUAUCUCCAGGGGGGUGGAACCUCUUUCCGAUGCGUGGAGACGCUGCAGCGGGCGCUGAAGAUCGAGCACGCACACGAAGAACAAUCAGCAGUGAAAUCGUGACAGCCUUCAUCGAUGGACUCGUCAACGAUAUGCGCCUGGGCGUGGGUGCGCGUGGCACGGACCCAGAGGUACUAAUUGACCACAUCAAGACGUUGAAACGCUUUCUCGAGUCGAAUAAUUUGAGUCUCGGCUCAGUUGCAUGGGACUCAAUCAUCACUCGUCUCCUGGAGUCAGGCGGCUUUGUUCCAGAGAAACGUCCUGAACUCUUGCUACGGGUGUUCAACCUCGCGGCCGAGUUUGGCACUGAAGUUGGCUCAGUGAACGCUUCCCUGGCAGCUGACGAUGAAGUCCCAUACUUCUUCGAACCAACUACCGCCUCCCUCAACUUGCUUCAUCGGGCUAUGAGGGCAUUCAUCAAUAUCGGAGAUACCGCGGGCACGAUGCGGUCUUUCAAGAUGCUUCAACGACAUGCUGACAACAAUAAGCAGAAGUCGUUGCAUCAAUUUUUCGAAUCUCUAAAGACUAUUUCACUUCGACAAGUUGAGCCUUUCACCAGUCAAAUUGCGCCAAUCGACUUUCCCUCCUUUGACACGAAAUUACCCAUACCUUUGCUUGCUAAGCUUCUGGAUCUUGCGACCGACUCUGAGAUGUACGAACUUGGGCGCUGGUUUGUCUACUCAGAUGAUCUUGAUGGUCCACUAAUCGGCCGAAGCUUAUACAGUCAUCGGAACAUUGCUGCGUCGCUUGUACGGUUUGGCACGCUUGCAGGAGAAAACGACAUAGUGCUUGAUAUAGUCAAGCGAGCUGGGUAUCUUGACCCUAAGACUCAACAGCAGCGGAUGCCCAAUGAACUACUGACAGCAUUAUUCCGCAGUCAAGUCAGACUUCGUCGGUGGGAGGCGGUGCGGAGCAUGCAGAAGCACGCUCUGAAGGUGUCUACAUGGAAGCCGCGGCCGAGUGUAUUGACCACCUUUGUGGCCGAACUCUUACGUGCUUCUGGAGGAUCCGAGGAGCAGGCAAUCGGCGCCCAGAAGGCAUUUUCAAUGAUGCUCUUCAAUUGGGAGCGUCUCAUCCUUAACAACAUAAGAAAUGACCUGUAUUGCACGCUUGCUAUACUGUCUACCGUCGACAAACCAUGGAAGGCAUAUUGCUCUCAGUUCCUUAAUCUCUCCUUGCGGCAGAGCGUCAACCUUUCUACGGACAAUUUCAACCAAAUCCUAGGCGGAGUCCUAGAUCGAUAUGAUAGCACCAAAGGAAAGGACCUCGUUGAACAGUGGUGCUACAAGCCGCCUAGGUUGUUUGAACCAUUCAGAGCCCCUGGAGGUGUGCCGACCAUGCCCCAAUUCCGUGUUGGAAGAGGCGAGGAGGCCGAAGCUUUCCCAGAUGACAUAGAGAUCGUCCAAGACUCGGAUGCAAAGCUCGUCCUGCAGGGUCGAAUUCUCCCGAAUCGACAGACGAUCUGGGCCAUCUUACGGAAAGUCCAAAGCGAAGUGGAGCAGUGGGGUCAAGAUGGAAAAGAGAUGUCACGCAUUGCGCAUGACCAAGCGCGCGAUACGCUUCGAUGGGCGGCACGUCUUCUUUACUACUUAGGCUACGACUACGAGGACAUUGUUCGUGAUCUGGGCAGCCUCGCGAAGCUCGCGGAGCUUGAGGCUCCUACAGCCCGCUCUUCCAUUGGUCAGAUUGAAGGCGCAGAGCACGGCCUGUAA